GUGCACUGAAGCAAGAAGAUGUCACAAAGAUUGAACUUAUGUUUUGCUCUCCUGUUUUGCCUUUUGGCACUUGCAAGGGCUGAGUUGCAUUUAUACCAUCCCUUGAUGACACUGCACCACCAACCGACUUUGGCCAAAGUGGGUCAUCUGGUGGAUCAUGUGCCCACUGCGGUUUCCCACCAGAGCUCCACCAUCGUGCACCGCAGUAUUCCCAGGAUUACACCCCUACUGGCUCCUACUUUCAGGACCUCCUACCUGCACUAUCCCACCUGGAGUUAUCCGCUUUUUAAUGAGGCCAACACCCUGUACAGAAAGUAA